ACCAACAAAAUGUUCGCUAAGGUAGUAAUCCUCGCUAUCGCAGUGUCAGCGGCUUGCGGCCAGCACCACGGUCAUAGCCACGGUCAUGCCACCUCCUCCCAGUCCAUCGUGCACCACCACGUCUCCCACGAGCAGCAACAUCACGCCCCACUUGUCCACCACGCCCCGAUCGUCCACCAUGCCCCUGUUGUCCACCACGCUAUCCCCGUCGUCCACCAAGCCUUCCCCGUUGUUCACGCCGCCCCCGUACACCACGCUCCCGCCCACCACGAAGAACACCAUGAAGAGCAUUAUUCUCACCCAAAAUACGAGUUCGCGUACUCUGUGGAGGACAAGCACACCGGCGACAUCAAGUCGCAGCACGAGUCGCGCGACGGACACCUCGUGAAGGGCGAGUACAGCCUGCACCAGCCCGACGGCUCCGUGCGCACUGUCAAGUACACCGCUGACAAGCACUCCGGCUUCAACGCGGACGUGCACUACUCCGGACACUCCCAGCACAUCGAGCCUCAGCAUCAUCAUCAUCAUUAA